AUGAAACGACAUUUGACUAACACGGGUUUAAAAAAAGAGUUUUAUUUACUGCGAGCGAAAGCGGUCAUAGAAAAAGCUGACAAGACAAGGAAGAAUUUGUGUGAUGAAUUGAAACAAGUUAAGCAAAACCUAGUCACGUCAGAAAAGACGAAGGAGGACCUGUGUGACCAGAUGAAACAAGUGAAACAAGACUUAGAUAAUUCAGAAAAGACAAAGAUGAAUCUAUAUGACGAGAUAAAAACGAUGACACAAGACCUGCAUAAUUCACAAAAGAUAAGAAAGCGGAUCGAAAACGAAUUACAUCAAGCAAAAGAGUGUUGUAUGCAUUCUAAAAAGACAAACACGGGGUUAGAAAAAGAGUUCCUGCAAGCAAAAGAUGUCAAAGAAAAAUCUGAAAAGACAAGGACGAAAUUAGCUGAUGAACUUAAACAAGUAAAGCAAAGCCUAACUACUUCAGAAAAGAGGAAGGAUAACUUGUGUGACCAGAUGAAACAAGUGAAACAAGACUCAGAUAAUUCAGAAAAGGCGAAGGUGGAUAUAAGUGACGAGAUGAAACAGGUCAAACAAGAUUCAGAAUAUUUGGAAAAGACGAGGGAGAAAGCGAAUAGUGAGUGGGGAAAAAUUAAACAGGGGCUUGAUCAAUCGGAAAAGACUAGCAAGGUAUUAGAAAAGAAUCUACAGCAGUCGAAGCAGACAUGUGCCCAUUUUGAAAAGGCGAAGACGGAUCAAUGUGACGAGAUGAAACAUCUGAAACAAGACUCAGAUAAUUCAGAAAAGACCAUUGAGAAACUGGGUAAUGAGCGGAGACAAAUGAAACUGGAGCUUCAUAAAUCGGAAAAGAAUUAUUCUUUAAACAACGCGGUUGAUGCGGUGGGUUCCAGCUACAGUGCAGCUGGACGGCGCAGGCAAACCGUACAUGCUAGCAAGGUGUUCAAACAAGACAUACUGCAGUCGAAAGAGGCCUCUGUAUAUUCUAAAAAGGCGAAGGGGGAUCUAUGUGACGAGAUGCAACAGUUGAAAGCAGACUCAGAACAUUCAGAAAAUACAAUAGAGAAACGGUAUAAUGAGCGGGAACAAGUGAAACAGAAGCUUGAUAAUUCUGAAAAGGGUUCAGACGUAUUGUUACAAGAUGGCGCGAGGCGAAGCAAGAUAGAUAGAUCCUCCAUGCAUGCAGCAUUGCAAAGGAUAGAUUCCUUGGUGUCUGCGUACAAACCCUGGUUAAAAGACAGGAAAAUGUUACCGACCCCUCAAAAACUAUAUGCUUGGAAUGUGGAGUAUAAUCAUCGUAAAUCUGAUACUGGAUUGCUGACAUCGCACCGUCAUACCUCCGCUCUGGUCCGCCCGUGCUGCUCCAUCCAGACAAAGUUGUGUCACACACAGAGUCAUCACGGGCCACAACCUACUGGAAAAGUAGAGGUCAAGGUCAAAGCUGCUAUCGAUGUGGUAUUUACAUUCGAGGAUGGCACUUACAUGAAAAAUGAGACAUCCACAGGAAAAUCGUAUGAAGGGCGCACGUUUGAAGUGUGUUUUGAAAACGACAGUGAAGGUCGGCUGGUAUGUAAUAUGAUGCUCGAGGCGUUCAGAAGAGGAUUAAUGUUUACCAUUCGGCAGGACGGGAUAGUAGGGCUAAAUGGCAUUCCUCUGUCGAAAUAUGAACAUCGUUAUGAACCGGUGUUUCGUGCGGGCUACAACAAAUUUAUUCAGAAUUUGAAACAAGAGCUUGAAUCAAGACACAUCGAUGCGAACUUGUAUCACUCAUGUGUGGUCUCGGAAGAGACCUUCACUGUCGAUAGUAUGGAACUUUAA